GCAUUUGUUUUAAUCUGUUAAUUACGGUUGAGUUGAGUUAUGUGCUGUGGCAAGUUUUUUGGUUUACGGUGCUUUUUACAAGAACAUUCGAGAAAGAGCAGAACAAUUCUUAAAUUUGCAGUUGUGGGAGACGGAUGGAUGAACCUUUGUGGUAGAUGGACGGUUGAACCUAGCUGUGGUUGAUGGGUAAAUGAAACCAGCAACUCCAGAACUUACUGAUUCUGCAAGUAGCAAAUACGCAUAUGCUUCCUGUCUGCCUUAUAGUAAGAAUGGCUGAAGGCUCUUCUGAAGUGUGCACAAAGGGAGAAAUAAACUUGAUAACUUCAUGUUGGUUGUGCAGCCAUCGAGUCCGGGUUAACUAAGUCAAACUUUCCUGAGAAGUAAACAAAAAAAUCAAAAGAAAGGGAGUGUCGGUCUGGUCUGGUCUGGUUGCAUCUUGCCCCCAGCUGUUUUUAUCUGGAUGUCCACUCCCAUGCAAGCCUGAUCUGAUCUGGUUCCAAUCGAUGCAUUUUACCCUCGGUUAGCUUUCUGGUCUAGGACUCUCCAGAGUAAUAUCGUCAUUUUCCAAGGAGAGACAUCUAAGGCUCCAAUUCGGACCAGUUUGGGCAAGUUUGUUCCAGACUGAUCUUGGGUGUUCCCAUCCAGCUUGAUUGUCUGUCGCCUCAGGGAAUGGGUGGUCCAAGCUCAAUUCAGUGUGGUUGAGGCUUAUUUCAGGUUACCCCACUACAUAACGGGACCUGGUCCACUCUAGCAAACUUCUGAUCUGGUUUUGGUUCAGUUUGGCACAUUAUUCAUCUGGCCCUGAUCCAGUUUGGCCCACUACUCUGGUCCUGACGCUGGUGCAGGCUCGUCUGCUCCUGCCCGGUCCAGCUUGUGACUUAUGCAGUGGCCCUGCGCAAUUCACAAUUCAAUGAGGAGGGGGGUUGAAACAGAAUAGUGUGGCAGACACCGAGUAGAGACACAGUGCAACAAAGAAGAAAAAGGCAAAAGAGACUAGGGAGCGAUGAGUGGGGUAGUGAAAAGGAAGAGAUAUAGAAUAGAAAUGUGAUGGUUGAGAGGGAAGAAAAAUUAAGAGGGUUCAGCACUAAUGUGGGAAGAUACUGGGGACUGGAAUCAGCGGGGAUGGAAAGGAUGGUGGGAUGGGAAGACACUACGAAGGGGACAGGGAGACUAAAAGGGAGGUAUAAAGGGAAUGGAGAAGCGACGAACAGUCUGUCUUCAGAAAAUAGAACGAGAAACAACUGGGUAAGGGAGGAGAGGACAUACGUGAUAAGAGACACAGGGGACAAUAUAAAGGAAUAAAAGAAAAAGAUGCAUAAAUGGUAAUGACAGUGGACCGAGUGCUCUGUAGGAUGAACAUGUACAACAAUUGGGAUGGUGGGCCAGAGUGCCCUGUAGGGAAGAAAAGGUGCAUGGGGAAGCUGGGGAGGAGGAUCGGGGGGGACGGGGAGGGUAGGGAAUACUACUUUCUUGGGGGGGGGGGGGGGGGGGCCGAGGGGAGGACUGUUCUAGCGGUCCCCGGCCCCUGAGGCGGGACACAGCGACUGGGUGUGUGAUGCCUUCUGGAUGUUCCCCCCCCCAGGGUGAUUGGGAGCGAUUUCAACAGCCAGAUCAAACUGUCGCAAGUGGCCUUGGGUGCUGGCUCAUGCUGAAACCUCCCAAACACCUUGUGCUGUAUUUUGCUGUCUAUACCCUACCCAAAUGCUGUUCUAUGCUUGCCGGUGAUAAGCAACCAGAUUCUGGGGGUGGUGGUGCUGGUGGUGGCGGCGGUGCGUAUGAGCGGGAUCGGGACCGUGAGAGGGGCGGUGGAGAGAGAGAUACCAGAGAACGAGGAGCCCGGGGAGGGGGAGGAGGAUUAGGAGGUCAUCAUGCUGACGUGGAAGGUCGUAAUCAGCCGCAGUCAGGACCUGGUGGAUGGGCGCCGACCGGUCGGGAGAGAGGACCUGGUACUGCUGCUGCUCCUCCGAGACGGUCGCGCAGUCCGGCGGUGGACUACCGGUCGGGCGGCGGAGGUGUAGGCAGGUUUGCAUCAUCGUCAUCCUCCUCUUUCGAGGGCAGAGGAGGGGGAAGAAGACCUGGCUAUGGUGAAGAUGGGUUACGUUCUUCGGAUGGAUUUGCAGGUGGUGCUGGUAAUGACUCACGGGACCGGAACAGGAAUGGAUUCCCAGAGGGAGAGCUAUGUGAAGGGGUUGCUCUGAAGGUUCAGCCUGUGAGAUCCGAAGGCUUGGAGGAUGGGUUUAUGGGAAGUACAAUUUAUAUGUCCAACCUACCAGAUAGUGCCACUCAAAAGAGUCUUGCUGCAAUGGUUGGGGAAGUCGAGCCAAUUAAGAUUGAUCGAAAGACGGGGGAGCCAAUGGUGAGGCUGUACGCUUCCAGAGAGACUGGCCGAUUGGAAGCAGUCGUGGUGCUGGAGGAUCAGCGGCCGUCCACUGGGGUCCGAGUGGCAAACUGGUUCAAUGGGUAUGAUUACAAAGGCAGCAAGAUUCACGUGACAUUGGGACAAGGCCCAGGAGCAGGCAUCAGCCCCAGAGAAGGUCGACGCACAAGUGGUGAUCAAUAUGUGCCGAUGUUUGACCGGGAUUACCCUCCUAAAUGGAGAGGCACGGCUGGUGGUCCUGGAGGAGAUGGAGGUGGGCCGCCAGGCGGAAGUGGCGGUUUUGUGGACCGGGCCCCACCUCCCACCGGUGGGGGCCUCGGUAGAGGAGGUAGUAGCGGAUGCGGAGGAGGAGGACCACCAUUUGCUGGAGGAGGCAGAGGGUUUGGAAGAGGCAGCAACUUUGGAGGCGGAUUCAGCGAUUUUCCUCCAGGCGGCGAGAGCUUCGGCAGAAACAAUCCAAAUGUAACGCCGCGUGAAGGGGAUUGGAUCUGUCCUGGCGCCACGUGCGGAAAUCUCAAUUUUGCACGGCGAACCCACUGCAAUCAGUGUGGGCAGCCACGACCCGACAUAUCUCAAAUGGGCAUGGGAGUUCCUGCGCCCGGAGGCGUCAGAGGUGGUGGGGGAAUGGGCCCUCCGCCCCCUUAUGUGGGUGGCGGGCACAGUGGUGGGAGAGGAAUGGGGCCGAUGGGCAGGGGUGCAUACCCAGGGCCAUGGAGUGGGGAAGGAAGAGAGAUGAGGGGUGGACCCCCUGGCGGCCGCUUCAGUCAUGAUCGAAUGGAUUCAAGGGAUCGUGACAGGGAAAUGGACAGGGGAGGACCUUGGAUGGGUGGAAGUGGAUAUCGAGACCGGGAAAGAGAUGAGUUUGCCGGAAGGUACAGAGAUCGAAGAGAUGGAGUGGGAAAGGACAACCGGGACUUCAGUGGGCGGGAUGUGAAGGUUUUUGAAAAGGACAAGUAUGACAGUGCCGCUGGGUUCACAAACCGGUCUGGACGAGACUUCCGCGAAAGAAGCAGAUCUCCUCCAAUGAGAUCCUUCAGAGACGGCUUGUCGAGAGACUAUGGUCGUGAUGGCACAGAUAGGCGAAGAGAUGACAGGCGAGAUGACAGGCGGGAUAAAUGACCCUUUCAGAGACAGGCGAAGAGAGGACAGGUGGGGCAGCAGGCAGGGUAAACGACCCUUCCAAAGUCUGUUUUAAAUUUGUAGUAGGCACAAAUAGGCGCAAAGAGAUGACAGGCAGGAUAAAUGACCCUUUCAUGGGCCGUUUUAUGGGAAUAUGUAUGGCACAAAUAGGCGAACAGAUCACAGGCGAGAUGACACUCAGGAUAGUUGAUCCUUGCAAAUUCAGUUUUACUGUGUUAGUACUAGUGAGGCAACUGGUUUUGUGCGUCUUCGCACAGGCAGGCUGUUCUGGCUCUCCCUGUGCUUUUUUAUGCCAUGGCAUGGCAUGUAAUCUGCCGAGGGUCUCCUCUCUCUCUCUCUCUCUGUGUGUGUCUGUUGGGCCUGGCUUUAGUGGAUAGGAGCAUCUGUAUCUGUGAGUCAUUGCACACCCAGGGCGCGUGGCUGGCCCUGGCUUUAGGCGAUAGCAACAUCUGUAUCUGACUACCCAUGGCAUCGUGAUCUUGCAGCUUGGCAGGAGACUGCGGAACCAUGAUUGGUUACUUGGCAGGAACCUGGCACAUUCCUGGCGACGAUCAACUUAUGUCACUGGGAGUGCAGGUUGCAAUUUUGCGAGCUUCGUGUAAGGUUAAAUGCUAGGAGGAUCCGUGUGGCUGUUCAAAGGCUGGAGACGGCUUGGUGUUUUUCAUGAGCGAGAAGGGGUUGGGUUUGGUUUCUGUAGAAGGAGCCGUCUUGGUGAUUUCAGCAGAAUGACAAGGCUGCUUGCAUGUGCAGCAAGCAACAGGAAGGGGUUCCAUUUGAGUCAGAGGAGUAAGUGUCGCUUGGCAUUUAUGUGGAGUGUAGCACGUGCCGGCAUUCAAUGUCAAAAACAGCCUUUGCUGGUAAUCGGUGGCAGCAAGCAUGUCCGAAAGUAUGUCAGAAAUGGGGGUUCAUCAUUAUCGAAAGUAUGUCAGAAAUGGGGGUUCAUCAUUAUGCUACAAGUGGUGACCACAAGGUUAUGUCAGAAUACUACCUACAAUUUUGUUAAGGCUGUACAGUUUCCCUCGGCAGGCAAUGUGCGAAGACCGUCUUGGUACAAUCUUGCUGCCAAAGAAAGGGGAAGGCAAAUGUUCGAGGAUUUGAGAAAGUGGAGUGGCAAAUCGACAGCGGUCAGAUUAGAAUUGUGAAUGGCCUGCUUACGCUGGCGGGACAUGUUUUGCUUUAAGAAUUGUAUGUUUUUUCAAGUUCCGGUUUGGCGCACCUGCAGUUGCAUCGGAUAGCCAUGGUUCCACUCCCACUAGUCGUGACAGGUCUCAUACUGCUCGGGUUAUGUAACAGCUUCUUGUGGAUGAUGUUGGCAUUGUUGGGCACAUCUAGCAUUCCAGGAAGAGUGCUGAGGUGGACCAUCACACAGGUUCAAGCUCAGAAGUUCAUGGCUGUAUUCCCAGGUUGGCACCUGGGUUCGCAGCUGGGUAUCUUAACAUCACCUGGGUUCGCACCCGGGUAUCUUAACACCCGGGUUUGUACCUGGGUUCGCGCGCGGGCAUAUCUUAAACCACCAGUACUUGGCCGCCCAGCUGGUAUUGAUGCCGAGCCGGGAAACGCCCUGCGCGCCAAGUUUUGCCGAACUGACGGUGCGACGUUUUUCUUCAAUUUUGGCUGGCGCCUCCAGCCAUUGUGGUCUGGUACCCCGAAGCCCAUCGGUCGUGGCGCGUUAACGGGAAACACCCGUGGCGGAUGUAUGGGCCAAGCACUGGUGGUUCAACACCUGGGUUUGGACUGGACCCCGGUUUGUACCAGGGUAUUCAGUUCUGUACCUGGGUUUGUCAGCAGAUGGCAUUGGAAGAAUGCAAGCAAGAGAAGGGAGGGAGGCAGGGGCGAAGGCGGUUUGGGUGGGUGUCUUGUGACAUUUUUGGAAUCAUGUAACGGUAUGUUUCCUCCCAUGACAUUUGAUGCGGUCCUCGAGUGAUUGGGCCCAUUUUGGGAAAACGCUCGAAGGGCGGGCUGAAGAUGUGCUGUGACUCUUGGCCGUGUUUUGUGCUUGUGUAUUAAGAAAAGCUGGAAGAAAGGUCUGAAAAUGUUUUCACUGGCAGGGUACAGCUCUACGGCUGUGCGAUCAUGUUACAAAUGCGCUUGCAGGAAAUAAAGAACCAUGGAAGCAUGCACAAUUUUUUCAGCAGAUGAGACCAUGGAGUCAGAUUCAACCAUACUCCAAGGGCAAUUUGGUUAUUUGGUCUUGACUCGUGGGUCAUUGCAGAGUGCACCAUAAGUUAAUUGUGCUAUAUACCGGAUGCUUUUCAGCAUGCUGGGAAAUAGCUCGGAUUUGCGCAGAUUUUAGACUCUAGGAACCAUUGGACACCACUCUUGGUAGGGAGGCGAUUGGGCAUCACUCUUUGAGUGGAGCAAUCAUAAAUUAUGCGCUUGAUAGUGCGCGGCGCUCUGAUGGCAAUGGAAUGGCCGGGGUGGUUCGCAAAUGAUGAUUCUUUUGUGAUAGUUUGACAUGGAAUGAAUUUCCUUGCCGUUU